UGUGAGUAAAUGAGAGUAUCGGGAAUAGCAGGUAAAUUCGUUUUGCUGUCUAGCUUCAGUGUAUGCAACAUGAGGACGUGAAAGUAAGACGUGUGGACAGCACUGUAACCCGCGGAUAUCCAUGCAUGUGUGUGUGCGGUGGAUACACGAGGGAAAAAUACAGCAAACUAAUAACUUUUAAUGAGCAAGGCAAGCAAAAGACCAGCAUGGAACAAACCGCGUGCUUGAUGAAACUGUGUAUAUCCUGAAACACUUCCGCUUUGUCCCUCCAUCACUUUCAAUAGGCUCUAGUUGAAGUUACACGAUCUUAAGAGUGUAUUUACGGUUAUAGUGAUAAAUAAACACGAUUUCUGCUUAACAAAAAGAAGAAACACUCUUGAGAACGUGGCUAGUCAUCUCUGUGGCCUCUGAAAGCAGUCGCGGUGAGAGCAAAGCGAUUCUGAAUUAAGUGAGGCAGUGGCGAGGGAAAACAUGAGGCAGUGUGGUGGUGGUGGUGACCUGAAGGACCUAAGAGUGCUCGUUGUGCUUGUCACCCAGCGAUGGAGUGCCUUCAUGUGGUGAGGUGUGUUAGGUAAGGAUGCAGGAGGAGAAUGAAGAUGAAGGAGGGACUGCUACCUCCUGCCACCACCACCAUCACCACCACUACCACCCUCACCACCACCACCACCACCACCACCACCAGAAGGAGGAAUUUACGGUUUCUGCUCCCUCUGCUGAUUCUGCUCCUGUGCCCUCCGCUAGGUAUGAUGGUGGCGGCGUACAGGGUGGAGGCGCCUGCGCAGUACACGGCAGUUCAAGAGGACCUUAUAGUGACGGUCUACACGAAGUCCCCAGUCACGUCUUCGUCACCGCCUCCUUCGUCCCACACUCCAGACGUCCCUAGCGGCCCUUUACAGCUCUCUCUAUACUCGAAGGGCAGCACGCGCGCCCUCACAAGCCUCCCUGUGCCUAUAGACACCCAGAAGGACCCACGGGUGUUCACUUUCACCUGUGGGAAUAUUGUGCAUGGCGGCGACCACUUCGUCAGGUUGGAAGGGAGUGACGGGCAGGUGUUGGCAGAGAGUCGGGUGGUGAGUGUACAUUGGCCCAUGCUUGCCGUACACAUCCCACGCAGGAUGGAAACGUACACAUCACACGUACACAUGAGAUUCCAAUUCACUAAGUCCAUUUGCUUCAGAAAAACAGCCGUCACUUUCAAAACAUACGCCCUCCUUCUCUACCACGGCGUUCCUAUCGGAGAAACACCCACACACGCACACCACCAGCCUUACACACCCCUACCCUUACCGACGCCGCCCACCAUACGCCCAAGGUUACCGCCGUGGAGAUUUCGCACCCACAGACCUGGUGGCGGGUUAGCUUGGUGGAAGAGGAGGAGGAGGAGGAGAAACCAGGAAAUAAUAGCUUUGCGGAAGAUGAAGAGGAAAGCAAGAAGACUUGAGAGGAGGAGUAAGAGGAAGAGGAGGGAAAAAGUAGAUGCGUUUGAGUUUUACUGGAGGUGGAAGAUGCGGUUAGCUGGAAUAGGGGUAAGUGAGGAAAGAAGGAGAAGGGAACUGGAGGAAGGAAGUGAAGGAACACACCAAGAUCUAAUCCCGAAAGAGAGAGGUCUGCGAGAAACAGGGGAGAGAAAAUUGGAGGUAAUCCCGAAAUGGAGAGAGGGAGAGACAGGAGAGACGGGAGAGAAGGAAGAGGAAGACAUAGCCCUGCGAAUAGAGAGCGAGAACACGAGACUGCACAUGUGGAGAGAACGAGUAACGAGCAAAGAAACAAGAGACACCGGUAACCUCGACAGACUGGAUUGGCGGAGCAGAAGAGGCAGGGAAAGACACCAUCAUAGAACACAAACAAGUAACACAGAGCCAGACUUUAAACCAGCAAUAGGCGAUAUAGUCGAGGCAACAUCCCAGGAGCCUUCAUUCGUCUGGGGGGGCAACGCAACCAUCCAGGGAGUACGACAGCUUCUGGGGCUUUACUCAAACAAUCACACACUGGCCUUCCCGUGCGACGCUCUUGCCCCGGCCGGCUUUUACAGCGUCAGACUACUGGCUCCUCAACUCAUCACGGAGAGCGCCAGGCUGAUUGUGUCCUCUAAGUGGUUCCAGGUGGACUGGAGUGCCGAGUUCGCGAUACAGGUGAACAGGCCGAGCAUACAGCCUUGCUACUCCCACUUGAAGGUGACCGUCAGCUACCCAUACUGCACUGCUAAGAAGGAGAUGGAUAAGGUGCGGGUGUAUGCACGCUUGCCUGCUAACGUCACUUCCGCUAACAGACCCGUGCUGGAAAGGUACGUGUCGGAGAUACCAGUGAAACAGAACGACAAACACGUCCGCUUCUCCUGCCGAGUGUUCGAGAAAGAGGCGACUGAGUAUUGCUUCGUCUACGUGAACACUGCACGCACUAACGUCACCUCUAUAGUGCGUCGCCAGUGUGUCCCUUACUAUAAACCCAAUGCAUUACGGCAGGAUGGUCAAUGGGGCACCUGGAGCGCGUGGACACCUUGUACUACCCUAUGUGACGCAGAGGGAAGAGAGAGCGGAGCGGGGCAGCGACAAAGACACAGGUUUUGUGACUCCCCGCCGCCACGCAAUGGAGGGCGAUACUGUCAGGGGUCGUCACUGGAGGAGGAGGCGUGUGUGGCAGAGGGGCAGGGGUGCGUGUCCGCCAGCCAGAACCCCCCGGCGUCUUCAACCCCUGGGGGCGGCGGGGACACCUGCUCGUGUGGCUGCACCUUAGCUCUGCACCCUGGGAUUAAUGCUACUAUUGCCGCUUCCGCCGCUGACUGCUAUGGAACGGCGGUGUGGAGGCUGCAGGCACCUCCAGGCAAACACGUGGAGGCCAAAGUGAAGUACGCCUGGCUUCGUCCUGGAGGGCAGUGGCUGAAGCUCCGUGAUGGAAACAGUUCCGCGGCGCCACUACUUGUCCUGCUUCCCGCUGAGCCACCCCGCCCACACCUGGCUCACCCCGCAUCCCGCAGCCUGGUCCCAGCGUCCCCCAGGGUCUCCACAGGCUCUGUUUUAUUGCUGGAAUUCCACUCCGACGUCAACACUACCAUGGGCAGCCCCAACCCCGCCAAGUGGGGCUUUGAGCUGAUAGCCAUCCCAGCAGAGGCAGAGUCGGUGUCAGGCGGCAUCGCAGGGCGGGGUGCAGGCGGGGCGGGCCGUGAUGUGGGUGCGCAGUACCUGCUGGAGGGCAUGCACGUGGCGGCCUUGGUGUUCGUGGCGCUGUUAGUGGUGGCGGUGGUGGUGCUUGCGGUGAUCCAUUGGCGCCACUACCGCCUCUACAAACGGGCGCGCCUCGUCCCAGAGUCGCCUUACGCCACGCCGCCAGGCUCGCCCUCCAAGGCCGCCACUACCACCACCACCACCACCCUGGCCUCCACGCUUACGCUCAGUGAGGUCAUCUCGCUCAAGUCUUUGGUGCUGCGGCCCUGUUUACCCGUAUCGCUGCCCCUGCGGCGGCGCGGCGCUCCCGCCGUGACAUCUUCGCAGGAUGCGGAGCCGCUUUGCAGCGAAGCGCGUCAUUCACUGCCCAACUCGCCCUUCCUGACGCGCCGUGCCACUACGCCCUCCAUGUUGCGCCGCUCCUCCUCUCAGAUGAGCCGUCUGCUGCGGCGCGGCAGCGGCACGUUCCGACGCAAGAGGCGGCGCUUCGCCUCGGUGGACGAGCUGGAGACACGUUGCAUCUCACCCAUCAGCGAGAUGCAGCGUGAGGACGAUGCGGACAGCAGCGGCAAGGAGAUGCAGGGGCGGCGGGAGGACGAGGCCAAGGUGAAGUACCGCGAGCACUGCAAGUCUGCAAUGCAGCGCGAGGAGCCGCGCCUCACGCCCAAGCUGGCCAAGGAUCGCCUCAACAAGGAGCGUGUGCGGCGUUCCUUGCUGUCCCGCUCCACCUCUGCAGCCACCGUGCGCCACUCCUCCUCCGUGUCGGACGUGUCUGUCAAUGGCACCGACACCGAGAUGGAAUACGACUACUACGACUACGAUAUGGACAACGCCUCGGCCGUGCCGGGCUCGCUAUUCGGCAUGGAUCCGCUGCUGCUGGCGUGGGUGCCGCCCUUCUUCACCGGCCCCGACGGUGUCACACCCACGCACGACGCCAUUCCCCUGGAGGUGCUGAGCCUGCAGCAGGUGUUGCCCAGCCCCCCUGAGCCCCCCAGGCCCACAGCCCUGCCGCUCUCCAACCUCAACAUCCCCAACAGCCCCGCGCCGCCCAGCGACGUGCCCAUGCAGACCAGCCUGCUGUCCGAGGAGGCCAACGACCGCGUGGAGCUGCAGCAGGACGUGCGAGAUGAAGAGGACUUGUCCCACUCCUCCACGGCUCCCUUCGAGGAUGACUCCACGCCCACCGCCACCACCUGCAGCAAGAUCCUCAACCUGGAUGACAUCCAGUUUGCCGAUGACUCAGACUCAGCUGAGGAUCUGUAGGGCACCACACCUACCCCACACUCUCCCCGUGUAUGUGUGUGUGCGCAUGCAUGCGUAAAUGCGUGCGUGCGUGUGUGUGUGUGUGUGUGUGUGUGUGUGUGUGUGUGUGUGUGUGUGUGUGUGUGUGUGUGUGUGUGUGUGUGUGUGUGUGUGUGUGUGUGUGUGUGUGUGUGUGUGUGUGUGUGUGUGUGUGUGUGUGUGUGUGUGUGUGUGUGUGUGUGUGUGUGUGUGUGUGUGUGUGUGUGUGUGUGCGCGCGCGCAAACGCACGAGACAUAGGAGGGCACAGCAUUGACCAAACAAAGCAGGAUGACUGCUUGAUUCAGUUCAGUGGCUAGAAAAGCAACCAAUCACACACACACACACACACACACACACACACACACACACACACACACACACACACACACAGGAUGUCCCAUGAGAUAAGAUUUAUACUUCUGAUAUUUGAUAGUUCGUCAUUUUAGUCGAAAAUACUAUAAUAUAUGCAUUUAUCCUGUGUUUUGGUUUAAUGUGCAGGAAAUAAUCAUGCAAAUUUAGUGUAGUGCACUUUGGUAUCCCUGUGCGUACGUGCGGGCGGGCAGGCAGGCCUCCCUCCGCCGCCCUGUCCUUCCUACUGGCUCGGUAACAAGUAGUAGGCUACUCGCGUUGUGAUGCGCAAAUGACUGACUGUAUUGCCGUCACCUUUACAUUUCUUUUUCUUCACUGACACAAACACAAAUUCAACUUGUCAUUUACUUUCUGUAUGGUUUUGACUGCGUGCAUUGUAUACACACACACACACACACACACACACACACACACACCAUAAUAUUUUGACCCCGCGCGGCACCACACACCAGGUGGCCAGCCAGCCUUUAAUGGUUGAGGGUGACAGAGGCCUAACGGGGGGGAGGGGUGAGAAGGGAAUAGAUAUCAUUACAUAUUAUAGGAACGAUAAUUUUUCGCAACAUAAAACAAAACACAGGAUAUGUGUGUGUGUGUGUGUGUGUGUGUGUGUGUGUGUGUGUGUGUGUGUGUGUGUGUGUGUGUAGAGUAUUUUCGACUUAAAAUGAAUUGCACUUUUAAAAUCCCGAAGUAUGUGUAACUGGACAUCAUGCAUACACAACUACAAAAAAAAAAACAUCUCAAAUACAGAAAAUUGUGAAACACUUCUAGAAACCUUGAAAAAAUGAAACUCACCAUAAAGAAGUGUUAAAAGUUGUUUUCCUUGUACAGUGUAUAGGCUUCAGUAGAGCAAAUUAGAGCGUAAGUCAUAUUUUGUCCUCAUUAAUUACUCUAUGUCGCUCUCUCGUUCAUCCAUCUUCCUUUGUCUUUAUCUCGUUUUCUCUUAAAUCCUUGUAUCCGUUUUUAUUGCUCUCUCUCUCUCUCUCUCUCUCUCUCUCUCUCUCUCUCUCUCUCAUCUUCUAUCGAGUUUUUAUCUUUGUCUCUUAAUAUUUGUCUCAAUCUUCUUUUUUAAUGUCUUUAUGUUCAUCUGUCCUUAUUUUCUCAUUUUUUCCGUAUCCCUAACUACCCAAUUCAGUCUCCCUGCUUAUCUUCUGCUAUGUCUUUCUGUGUGUCCCUUCAGCCUGUAUAUCUAGUGCUAUUUAUAUAUGGCUAACUCUCUCUCUCUCUUUCCUUUCCUGUUUGUUAUAAGUGAUGCAUUAAUGAGGUAACGAGUGAUCAAGUUAUGAGUACACACACCUAUAAGACUCCCUGCCUCCUCCCGAACACAGACACUUAUUACUCAUGCAUCCAUACCUCUAAUCCAUCCACUACUUGAGUCCACUACGGUAAUGUAAUUGAUUUGCCUUACACGUCUUCAAUACUACUGUCCUCUCUAUAGUCUUCAUAUUGAUCAUUACUUUCUUCUUGUAUGUUCCUGUAAUCUUCUUUCUUUCUACCUUCCUUUCUCUUAUCUCUUCUCACCUUCAUGAAAGUCUCUCUCUCUCUCUCUCUCUCUCUCUCUCUCUCUCUCUCUCUCUCUCUCUCUCUCUCUCUCUCUCUCUCUCUCUCUCUCUCUCUCUCUCUCUCUCUCUCUCUCUCUCUCUCUCUGCACAUUACUAAAGGGAUAAAGCCUCCUGACAUCACAUGUACAAUCUCUUAUUAUGAAGUACAGUACAACAAUUCAUUCUUAUAGCCACACUGUCCUUGAGGUCGUGUUGGUUCAGCAUCGUGGCUGGCUGACCACAUGACAAUAGUAGUGUAGGUAGUUUGUGUUCAUUGACUAAGAGGUUAUUCACAGGGAGUCACCAGCCAGGAAGAGUUAGUUAGUAUAUAUGUAUAGAGUGUAUAAUGUGAGUGAAUUCCAUGGAGACUCCUCCUUGUGGGCUUAGUUUUUGAGUGAAGCAUGUACCGGUCACAUAACAGUGCCAGCAUUGUCAAGCUGAGGGUGAAGCAUCUCUUCACAAACAGUUUACGAAGCACACUUUUCGUUGACCACAAUGCUCUUAUCAGACUCAGUCACUGCUGAUGGAAACACUCUCUUCAAUUAUUUCAGGAAGCAAUCUGAUCACAUGAACACUUCAGCAUGAUGUGAACCAAACUUAAGGCGGGUUCAUACGUGUCAAUUUGCGAGUGGAAUUGCCAGCCGCUAGAGUUUUCGGCUGGAUUUCAGUGCCUAGCGGGUGGUCUUGUCCAGCCGCUAGCGGUAUUGUGUGACGUCACAGACAAAGGCUUGAACAGAGGCAGAGAUGAUGAUGUUGGAACUAAUGAGGAACAAAUAGCAUGUCUAGGACCCGAAAAUGAGUUGUACAGCAAAAG